CUUUCCGACACCUACUGUAUUUUUCGGUGAGGGUGUGGGAGUUGGGGAGAGAGUGAGCUAAUACCCGGGUUGUCAGUAUGAGAGGGGAGGAGAGAGAGGGCGAGGGUAAAGGGGAUGGAGUCGGUGGGUAAAAAUGAAGGGGUGGGGGGAAAGGAGGUGAGUAUAAAAGCCUUGCUGUGAGGAAUUAGGAAAUAUUCCUCGGGAGAAAAUACACACAGAGAGAUAUUCCCAAGACUUCUCACUCCAUAAUUAUCUUUCACGACAGCCAGAUAAACAAGCCCCAGGAUGAGGAGCCUCCUUCAGUGUCUGGCACUCUGUGCUGCGGUUUCUUUCUGCCUCAGCUAUGACUCUAAUGAAAGCACAGAAUCCGCAGAAGAUCUGUUUGUGCCUCCAAACCAAGCCAACUCGUUCAUCUCGCCACAGAGGGGAAACGUAUACAACCCGUCCAGAGGGAACAACCAUUACAACUUCGUGAGGAAGAUAAAGUCUCCAGCGGAGAGGCGAGCAGAGACCUGCGAGGACUACUCUCCGUGCCGCUUCUACGCCUUUCGCCACGGCUUCCAGCAGGCCUACCAAAGAUACUUUGGCUUCCAAAAUCCACCCCAGAGACCAGCUGGGACUCGCCGGUACUAAACAGAAAAUGAUCUCUCAGUCAAAUGCAGAAUUAUCAUUAUCGUCUGGGAAUGAAUACGCGUUCCUUCACUCCCCAUAUCACUUUUUCUAUAAUUUAUGUGGUUGUUUUUGUGGCUUCUUCUGGAUGUGAAAUGAAUCCGAGAAGAAAACACUUUUUUUUUUAGAAACAGAGGCAUCCAGUGUGCCUCCCAACUCAUCAUUAUACACAAAUUCAUGGCUCAUCUCUUGUGUAAUCUCAGGAUAACUUUUAUCCACUAUUAUCAAACCUUCGCAGCAUUCGUCUGCUUCGUGUGCUAUGCACGAAUCAGGUGUUUUGCUCACUAUCCACUAACCGUUUCUUACAGUAUCCACCUAUUUAUCCAGGCCAGCACUGCUGUCAGUGAUUAUUUUCAUUGCUUUAAAAAAAAAAAGAAUAAAAUUCACUUCAUUGCGGUUUGUCUUAA